CUCAAAUCCAUAGCUCAUCUCAUAUCGCACUCAGAACUCAGUCUUCAGUAUUACUCUUCAGUGUCUAGUGUUUGGCCUAAACCAGGAGUAAUGCAAACAACAAACCAUUGCUUUACCAGAGAUAACGAGAUAGUUAUUUACACUUCUCUUAGUUUGUGAUUAUUUCUAAUCUAAUGAUUGUUAUAAUCAUUUGUUUGUCUUAAUUAUAUGGUUUUAAUGUGUUUUUCGUAGUUAAUUGUGGGAGAAAUUGCAAUAUUAUUAUCUAUUUUAAGGCAUAUUUGUUAACGUUAUUCGAGUAUAAGUGAGAAAAAGUUUGUAAACCAAAUGUUAGACCCAAACGCUAAUAACAACAAUAAUAAUAGCUAUGAAAAGUCUCUGUUCAAAGGGGUCCGAAGCAGUAAAUUCAGACAUGUGUUCGGGUGUGUGGCCAAGAAAGACAAAUGUUAUGAUAACUUGAAAAUCACCAAAAAUGCUAACGACUCCAACUUCUGUGCCGUCAAUCCUAAGUUUAUAGCCGUUUGCACCGAAAGCUCUGGCGGCGGAAGUUUUAUCGUCUUUCCUGAAACUAAAUUUGGACGGAUAGAAGUGAAUGCGGGUCGGGUUGUGGGCCACAGGGGGCCUAUCCUCGACCUGAAGUGGAACCCAUUCAAUGACAAUGUGAUCGCCUCGUGUUCGGACGACUGUACAGUUAAGAUAUGGUAUAUUCCCGAUGAAGGCCUCCAACAGAGGAAUCUAAGCGAACCGAUAAUGGAUUUGAUUGAACACCAGAGAAGAGUCAGUUUCAUUGAAUGGCAUCCGACGGCCGAUAAUAUUAUUCUUUCGACGGGCUUUGAUUAUUUGGUGAUUGUGUGGAAUGUAAGCACUGGAACUCCUGUUCGGGUGAUCGACUGCCAUCCGGAUGUAAUCCACUCGAUGUCAUUCAAUCGGGACGGAAGCCUAUUGGCCACUACUUGUAAAGACAAAAUACUUCGGAUAAUUGAUCCGCGGAGUGGAGAUGUUGUCAAUUCCGGUGUCUGUCAUCGCGGCUCAAAAGCAUCGAGAGUUGUAUUUUUGGGCGAAACUGGAAAACUGUUUACAACAGGAUUCUCGCGAUAUAGUGACCGUCAGUGGGCUGUUUGGUCUGAACACGAUCUGUCGGAUCCGCUCACCAUUGAGAGCAUCGACUCUUCGUCGGGAGUAAUGUUUCCAUAUUAUGAUAACGACACUCGAAUGGUAUACAUCGCGGGCAAAGGGGACGGAAAUAUACGUUAUUACGAAUUGACAGAUGAGCCGCCUUUUUGUCAUUACAUCAGUCAGUUUCUGACGGGUUUUCCACAAAGAGGUUUAGGAGUAAUGCCUAAAAGAGGUUUAGAUGUCUACAAGUGUGAAGUGUUUCGCUUCUACAAACUUCACGCCACUCGUCCUGUCUGUGAACCCAUAUCUAUGAUUGUCCCGCGAAAGUCGCAACAGUUUCAGUCAGAUAUAUUUCCCGACACUCCGGCGCCCACUCCUGCUCUCAGCGCAGAGGAAUGGCUGUCCGGCAAGAAUAGGAAUCCAAUUCUAAUCAAUCUUAAGACUGGAUUCGGCGCCAAAACAAAUAAACCGGUUUUCUUAAAGUCAGAGAAGAAUAUUCUUCAGACUUCGGCCGUCAAUAUUGAACGCAAAUUUGCUUUUAUAUCGCAAGAAAAUAAAGUGGAUUACAGACAGAAGAAUGGCUUUAAUGGAGAUUCCAAUGGAUGUCACGAUUAUAACGAGGAAGAGAUUGAAGUGUCCAAUCAAUGUCCGGAAUCUCCGCCUAGAAAGAAGUUUCCGUGGAUUAAAGACAGAGAGCCAAAGAAGAAUGCAAUGAAUAUGUGUGAUAUCGUUACUAUACAACACCUGCCGACCGCUACUUUUGUCACUCUUCAAGAGGACACACCUGAGCCCAACUGCACGCCAUCGCCUCCUCUAUCCGAUGAUAUGAAUGCUAUAAAUAAUAGCAUUAAUAUUAGUAUAAAUAAUAACAAUAAUCACAACAUCGACAACAACCAUACGAAUGGUAUUUAUAACAACGGUAUUACACACCAAACACACCAAAGUUUUGAUGAGACAAGUCUUCCGCCCAAAAAUGAAAGAGAGUUGUGGGAAGCGUUUCACUCGCAGUGUGCGACAAUUCAUUCACUAGAAGUGCAAAUCACAGACAAAGACAAACGGAUUAAGGAAUUGGAAGAAUUAUUGUCGAGAAUGGGUUACGACGGGCAGCAUAUCUAUUAAGACUAAUGCUUUUAUAUUGAUAUACAAUACAAACUAUACUGUAAUACAGUUAAACAGACGAAUAGCUAUUUUCUAUGUAAACAUAGAGUCUAUUUAGUGAUAGUUUUCUUAAUGCAAUUCAUUAGAUAUUAUAUAUCUUGAUAUUACUUACACACAAUUCAUCGCUUUUUUGUUAUAAAUUAUACUGUAAUACAAUUAGUUGUCACAUGUAAUGACAAAAAUGCUGUUCACUUUUAUUAAUGAAUCGGUCUUUUAAUGCAAUUUAAUCGUGA